GCCUAGGAGCUUUAGAUGGAACACACAUAAAGUGCUUAGUGCCACUUAAAGAUAAGCCUAAGUACAGGACAAGAAAAAAUGAUAUUGCCACAAAUGUCCUAGGGGUGUGUUCACAAGAUAUGCAAUUUAUCUAUGUUUUACCGGGAUGGGAGGGCUCAGCUGCGGAUGGUAGAGUGCUUCGAGAUGCCUUACUUAGGCCACAUGGAUUGAAGGUCCCAAGGCCGUGUUAUUAUUUGGUAGAUGCUGGUUAUACAAAUGGUGAAGGUUUCUUAGCCCCAUAUAGAGGUCAAAGAUAUCAUUUGAAUGACUGGCGUGCAGGACACCAACCAACUACACCUAAAGAAUUAUUCAACAUGAGGCAUUCAUCUGCAAGAAAUGUUAUAGAAAGAUGCUUUGGUAUUUUAAAGGCAAGAUGGGGAAUUUUAAGGGACAACUCAUAUUAUCCUAUUGAUCUAAAAAAUAAGAUCAUAAUGGCAUGUUGUCUUCUUCAUAAUUAUAUAAGGCAGGAAAUGACAACUGAUCCGUUUGAGAACCACUUUGAACUAGACGAGGGAACCGGAGAUGUCGGUGGUGGAGAUUAUGAUAAUAUCACUUCUGUUGGUGUAUCAACCGAGUGGACCACAUUUAGAAACAAUUUAGCACAAAAUAUGUUUGAUUCUUGGAAUACUACACAUUGAUCAUUUCUAUUUUUGUUAUGUUUAUCAUUUACUAUGAAUUUGUGCUACAUUUUUUAUUUUCAAUAAUGAGCUUUAAUUUACUUUUACUGGUUAUAUUUGUUAUAUAUAUGGUUGUGUAUUUUUUAUAGCAUGCAUUGUUUCAUCUAGUUAUUAUGUUUAUGAAAAUAGUAGGUGUGAUGGAAAAAAUCAGAAACUAUCGCAACUGGACAAUUACUGAAGAUGCCAAGCUCGUGGAAGCAUUGGUAAAUAUGGUGAACAUGGGAGGAUAUAAAGCCGAUAAUGGUUUUAAAUCUGGAUAUUUACUACAUCUAGAAAACGCAUUAAAGGAAAAAAUUCCUAACUCUGGCAUAUUGGGUAAACCUCACAUUGAGUCAAGGAUCAAAACCAUGAAAAAAGAUUGGCAAGUUGUUUAUGAUAUGGUAAAUGGUACGAACACAAGUGGUUUUGGUUAUGAUAGCUCCACUCAUUCUGUAACAGCUGAAUCAGCAGUUUGGGAUUCUUACAUACAGGUUCAUAAAGAGGCAGGAAAAUGGAGAAAUAAGAUAUUUCCUCAUUACGAGGAUUUAUGUAUCAUUUUUGGAAAAGAUAGAGCUCAAGGGAAUAAAGCCAAGGAUUUUUCCCAAAUGGAAGAAGAUGCAAAUAAUGAAGAGCAAUCAAAACAAGUGGAAGAUGUUUUUGAAGAACAAACCACAGAAAAUGAAGAAUCUCCAAACACAUGCUCAAAGAAGAGGAAAAGAGUUGAUGCAGUUAUUAAGGGAAUAACUAUUGCAGCUAACACCCUUGGAGAAAAACUUGAAAAAGCAGCAAAUAGCAUGAACCAAGCAAUACUAGGAGAAACAGAAGUACAAAAAAAAGCUUCAAUGGUGAUUCCAUUCCUUUCAAAAACAUUCUGUAAAACAAACGCGCCCUCAAAUUCCUCCAGAUUCUAA